AACGAAUUGUUAAUGGCCAACCCGGUGCUCGACCCAGAGGUAGGAGUGGGGAUCGCCACGAGCGCUUCUGAUUGGCUGCUUCCUGUGUUUAUCGAUAUCUCCGCAACGGUGCAUCGGAGAGAAAAACGGAUAAGGACUUUUCGCUUCGGAAUUCCAUUACGUGACUAGUUCUUGGUGGUUUGCGUGCAAAUCUCGGCACUAAAUUCGAAUCUAGAUCUACGAGUCACAUACUACGUCGUAAAAAUUAAUUCAGUGCUUCAUAUCGUGCUUCGUGAGCUUCAAGUACUCUAGUUUGACGACACAUUUUUUUUUCAACACGCGUUUUUUCUCUAGAAUCAACGACGUCUGAGUGGUAUUAAAAAUACGUACAAAAGUACUUAUCGCUAUGCGUAGGUCAGCUAUCACAAAGCACUCGAUCGAGUUUUCACCAGGACUUGGGACGCAUUUCCUUUGGAAUAAUUUAUGAGCAAAUGCACUGUAAUGACACGGCGCAGGAGAAAAUCGAUUUUUAAAACAACCAGCAAACAUUGCGCAAACUUGUAAUGUCUUUAAUUCUCACUCCGACUUGAAAACCGCGACGAGUUCAUUCGCAAUAUUUUCUACCAACGGGAACUUUACCGAAUUCGUUCUUAUCUGGGCAAAACCAAAAAUGUUUCCGCUUGAAACCAUUUUUGCAUUUUUGCUCGUGACCUUCGUCGGCGUCUCGGCCGGUAGAAAUUAUAUCCUGAUCGAAGACACGAGAACUACUUGGAUAUCUUCUGGCCGCCUCGCCCGCAUGAUCGAAAUUUCUUUGGAAGAAUCCAAGUGCGCCAACGUUUAUCUUAACGAUUCUUCUGACAGCAACGUACACAUUUUUGAGGAAUUUUUUAAAGUUUAUCCGUACGAAUAUAUGAUAAAUCACAAGUCUUAUUCGUGCAGCGGAUAUUUGAUGAUUUGUACAACAGCCGAUAAAAUUCCGAGCUUAUUACAAAGGGUCCCCGCGGAAAUUUCAACAACAGAAAUUUUCAUUGUCGUGAACGAUCGAGUCGAAGCGUCUUCUCAACUCCUCACUAAUAUCUCGCUUUAUGGGAAUGCGAACGUAAAUAUUGCGACACGCAACGGUAUUUGGAGUCUGUCAGAGAAUUAUUUAGAACCGAGGAUAUUCAAAAAAGUUUGGAGAUACCAAGAUAUGAAGCACAAACGAGGAAUCGUCGAUUUGCAGGGUCGCAAAUUACAAGCGGCCGCAUUUUUCAAACCGCCAUUAAGUUAUCUCUCAUCAACGAUAAACAAAACGGUCAACGGUGUUGAGGGGGAAUUUUUUUUGGCUGCUAACAAGUCAGAACUCGACGGUGUUGAAGUGAAAAUAUUUUUGCUGCUAGCCGAGAAGCUGAAUUUUACGUGGGCCAUCAGGAAACCGAACCGUUUUUACCGCUAUGGCAGGCGAAACGGAAGCGAUUGGAACGGCGGCAUGAUUGGUCAAAUUUUUAGAAAGGAAAUCGACAUCGCGUUCACUGAGAUUUGGCUCGAACAAGAUCAUUAUGCGUUCACCAAUCUAUCAACGCCUUGGACCAAACUUGCAAUCCACUUCUUGGUCCCUCGCCCGAAACGUUACCCGAGGAGUUUUUGGGCACUUACGAAACCACUCUCACCUGGAGUAUGGACCGCUGUUAUUUUUAUGGUCAUUUUCGAAAGCGUUUAUGUCUACACGAGAGCUUGGGUCGACCCACUGCUUCCCGCGAGAUUUAGGAGUAUCGUCAAUACGUGGACUGAAUUAACAGCGCGUCUCAUGGGCAUAGCUCUAUCAAAAAAAAUUCGAGGCCUCAAGCUACAAUUGCUGCUUUGGCAUCUGACCGGCGUUCUCAUCGUGACUGCGUAUUCAAGCAGUUUAGCAGCUCGUUUAGCAAAUUCGGACUUCGAAGCCAGAAUCGACACCACCGAACAGUUCAUCGUGAAGAAUUUGACUUGGGGUCGCGAAGGUCCCACGCCGAAAUUCACCAAUUAUUUCAGUAUUCUGGACCCUUGGGCAAUGCAGUUUCCAUCUCGAUUCGAAAACGAACAUAACGAGAGCGAGAGGCAUAAAAAAAUUGAAAAUGGAAAUUAUGCAAUUGUUGGACGAAUCGUCGGCGGAGUUUUUUUUCCCGAAAAUUACGUCAGAGAUAGCGACAUGAAAUAUUACAGAUUAAUGAAGGACAACGUCGGUUGUUUUUAUUCAUCUUUCGCUAUGCAGCCUUGGCUCGUCCAUUCAGUCGAUCAGGUCUUGCUGAGACUGGCAGAAGCCGGUUUAGUGGUUCACCAUCUUCGCGACGUGCUGAACAGACGCGCUUCGUCUACCUCCCAGGAGGUUUUACUGGAGCACGAUGGUCCGGAAGGGGGUCCUCAAGUGCUCAAAGUGAGGCCGCUGGGUGCAGGAUUCGCGUUGCUCGCUACCGGUCUUAUAUUAUCAACGAUUAUCUUUUAUUUCGAAUUAAAAUCAGUGAGUGGAAAUAGGCCAGUGAUGGAAGUACUGCGAAGAAUCGAGAAAAAUCGUCGACGACGUCGAUCAAGCAAAGAGCUAAUUGUAGGGCCAGGGACAAAAAGAAUUUUUGUUCUGAAUAAAAGCUAAUAAACGAUAUUAAAAGUGUAA